AUGAAGGAUGAUGAUCCAGAAAUUGCUGUUGUUGGCAUAGGAUGUAACUUCCCUGGUGGAGAGGGGCUUGAUCAUUUCUGGAAGGUCCUCAUUGAGGGAAAGAACUGUGCUGUACAGAUACCAGUAGAGCGGUUUGACUAUACCCAGUGGUAUGAUCAAGAUGCUACUAAGGCAGGGAAGUCACGAACAGCAAAAGCUGCACUUGCUGAAGGGUUCAAUCAGCUUGAUCACAAGUUCUUUGGUAUUAAUGAUGCUGAGGUGGAGCAAAUGGAUCCUCAGCAGAAAAUCCUUCUGCAAUGUACCUAUAGAGCACUAGAGAAUGCUGGGAUACCUAUGGAGAAGGCCAGUGGGUGCAGAACAGGAGUAUUUUUGGGCCUGAUGAACAGAGACUAUGAACUCAUCAUGGCAAAUGCUAACCCAGUCAUCAUCAACCACUGUACUGGUACUGGUUUAGCUAUGAGUAUAGCUGCCAACAGAAUCUCCUAUGUCUUCAACUUUACUGGGCCUUCUUUUGCUAUAGACUGUGCUUGCUCCUCUUCACUUGUUGCACUUCAUUUAGCCUGCCAGGCCAUCAAACAAGGAGACUGUGAAAUGGCUGUAUGUGGUGGUGUUAGCUGCAUUUUUCAGCCAAGAGUAUUCGUGGCUCUAAGCAAGGCUAAUAUGAUUUCACCUAAUGGCACCAGCAAACCAUUCUCUGACAAAGCAGAUGGCUAUGGAAGAGGAGAAGGCUGUGGAGUCAUCCUGCUCAAGCCUCUGAAUAAGGCUCUGCAAGACCAUGAUCACAUUUGGGGCAUCAUAUGCAAAACUGCAGUAAAUCAAGAUGGCCACACCGUCACUCCAAUCACAAAGCCAUCCAUGAUCCAGCAGGAGAAGCUGCUGCAAAGAAUUUACUCUACAAAGACCUACCUGUCUGAUGUCCAAUACAUAGAAGCUCAUGGGACUGGAACCUCAGUGGGAGAUCCAAUAGAGGCAAGUAGCAUCUCUAAAGUUAUUUCUAAGGCAAGGCCUGCAGAUUUAGGGCCACUCUGCAUUGGCUCUGUUAAAGGUAACAUUGGACACACAGAAUCUGCAGCAGGAGUGGCAGGACUUAUUAAGGUUCUCCUUAUGAUGAAGCAUGAAACCAUCGUUCCUUCACUGUUCUACUCAGAAGAAAGCUCUAGCAUAGAUGCCCAAGCUCUCAAUCUAAAAAUCCCCACCAAAGCAGAGAAAUGGGUCACCUGCAGCAGUUCCGUGAGAGUUGCUGGAAUAAAUAACUUUGGAUUUGGAGGGACAAAUGCACAUGCAGUUGUGAAACAAUACAGGCAGAAAGAAUUCCUGAAAGCACCUGUCAAGAAAAAUCAGCAUUUUUUUGUACUUUCUGCAGCAACAGAAAAAUCAAUGGCAAUGAUGAUAAAAGACACUAUAGAAAAUAUCAGCAGUGGGAACAUAACAAAUCUACAUAGUUUGGCAUAUACCUCUGCAUGUAGAAGGAGUCACUUAAGACAUAAAUACAGGAAAUCAUUUCAUGCAUCGUGUUUGACUAAUUUGAAGGAGAAGCUUGUGCAUGUUCUGGAACAAAAGACUUUGAUUUCAAAGCAAAAUCCCAGACUAAUUUUUGUUUUCUGUGGGAAUGGUGUUACUUACAAAGGCAUGUGCAAACAGCUCAUAAAAGAGGAACCUGUUUUCAGGGAACAAGUGAGAGAGAUUGAGUCUCUUUUCCAAGGCUACAGAAAAUUGAGCCUUGUAGAAAUGCUGGAGAGGGAGUGUCGACCUGAUGUUGAUUUCUCAGAACCAGAAAUUAUCCAGCCCCUCCUCUUUGCCAUUCAGGUUGCCAUUGCUAAGCUACUAAUCUACUGGGGAAUUAGGCCAGAUGCUGUUCUUGGUCAUUCUGUUGGAGAGGUUGCUGCAGCCCAUUGCUCAGGGUUGUUAUCACUUGAGGAUGCAGUGAAGGUGAUCUAUUAUCGCAGUCAUUUGCAGAGCAAAGUAACUGGAGGAAAAAUGCUAGUUGUAAGUAAUAUGGCUGUAUCAAAUGUGUUGGAUAUCCUCCCUUCUUAUUCUGGGAGAAUAUGCUUGGCAGCACACAAUAGUCCUCAGUCAUGCACACUUUCAGGAGAGGCAGAUGUCAUUGAUAGUUUACAUAAGCGCUUGAAUAAUUCACAUGAUGGGAAAAAUCUGUUCCUUCAUGUUUUGGAUGUCCCUGCUGCUUAUCAUAGCCAUAUGAUGGAUUCUAUUUUGGCAGAGGUAGAGAGCAGUAUAGGUCCAUUAACGGUACAGAACACAGUGACAGAAUUGUUCUCAACAGUGACAGGAGAAAAAGUGUGCCCCACAGAUUUUGUUAAUGGUAUUUACUGGGCAAGAAAUAUCCGAGAGCCAGUGGCAUUUAAACAAGCAGUAAAAUCAGCCAAACAGAACAAGAAUGCAAUCUUUGUUGAAAUUGGCCCAAGAAGAGCUUUGCAGAGAAACAUCAAGGAGACUCUAGGAAAUGACACAGUGGUGCUGUCCUCAGUGGAGCCAGAUAAAGAUCAUGAGACAAUGCUGACUGUUGUGUCAAAACUUUUUGAAAUGGGAGUGAAUGUAGAUUGGGAUCAAUUCUACAAAGGCUCUGAGGUGAAACCUAUAUUUUUGCCAAGGUAUCUGUUUGACAAUGAGAAGAAAGAUGUACUUAUUGAAGCAACACACAAUGAUACUAGGAGUAGUCACCCUGUAAUUACACAGAAGAGUAAAGAUGGCUUGGUUUUCAGCUGUGACCUCUCAUCUGAGGCACUGUCCUACUUGAAUGACCACAAACACCAAGGUGUUGCAAUUAUUCCUGGGGCAUUUUAUGUUGAGUUGGGUUUAGCAGCUUUUAUGAUGAGUGCAAAACCAAAAGUGCCCCUUAACUAUCUACAGCUCAGUAUAAGAUUCCACACUCCAUGCAUUUUGUCACAGAAUAUACCAGCCAUGAAAGUGCUGUUGGAUCCAACAGAAGACACAGCAGAAAACAGUUUUCAGUACAAAGUACAUUCUUUGUCAUCAUACUAUGCAUCAGGCAAAGUAGAGGCAGUACAAAAAAGACCUGAAGAGCAAUACAUUUCACUGAAAUGCAUCUACAAAAGAUGCCAGUCAGUUGUGAGCUCUGAAGAGUUCUACAAGUACCUAUGUUUAGGUGGUUUUCAGUAUAGUUCUGUGUUCAAAAACAAAGGGGAUGUUUACUAUGGGGAAGAACUCAGAGAAAGCUAUUCAGUUGUGACAGUCCCUGAUAAGUUAUGGCCCCAUUUGUAUGACUAUUAUCUCCAUCCUGUGGUCUUAGACUAUUUUAUGCAGAUUCUUCCUGUAACAGGAACUCAAAACCUCUUGGGAAGACCUGGAUUUCCAUCUCAAAUUGGCAGUUUAACUGUAUUUGAACCACUGCAGAAGGAGAUGGUUGUGUAUUUGAGAGCAACAGAUAUGAGUACAGAGGAGCUUAAUGUUUGUGGCUGCUUUGUUGACAAAGAGGGCAGAGUUUUGGUUGAACUCAAACAUGUGACAAUCACAUAUCUAGGGGAUCCUUCUCAUGUUGUAAAGGAGUAUUUUUACCACAACAGCUACAGCAUUCCCUUUGAGAAUGAAAACUUCUCAACACCAAAAUCAUUGGUUUUUGCUGAUAAGUUAGGAAUAUCCAAAGGCUUGCAGCAAUAUUUAGACCCAUCAUCAAAAUACAUUUCACCAACACAUGCCAAAGCACUGAUGGAAAAUGGAUUUGAAGUUUUUCUCUCAGAAAUGAAAAUCCCAAAUAUCAAGGCAAACUUCCAAGACGUUUUGUUUGUGUGGGGUAUUGCAGAUAUGACUUCAUACAAAACAGAGAAUGUGUUAGACAGCAUGGCAAAUUCUUGUGAAAUCUUCAGAAAAAUUGUUGCAGGACUCAAGACAAUACAUUUCCAAAGCUCCAUCAGAGUUGUAACCUAUCGGUCAUCAGAGGACACAGUUGACCAUAUUAGUCCUGGUUUUGUACUGUCUGGAAUGAUAAGAGCUUGUGCUGCUGAGAUAACAGAGCUUUCUUUUCAGCUGAUAGACAUAGGCUCAGUCUCUGAAGAGGACAUCAAAGCCUUUGCUCAGAUCCUCAGAUCAUAUCCUUGCAGCAAAUACCCAGAACUAAUUGUGAAAAAUGGACUGAUUUAUAAGCCACAGAUAAUCCAAACCCCCAUUACAACUACAGACAGUGCUAGCCAAAGCCUCCACUCUUCACAAUGUGAAAGUUUUAUUGUGCAAACGUCUGAUCCCCACAGAAUGACAAGGCUGUCUGCAAUAGGUUCUGAUGAAAUUGUUCAACCUGUUGGUGCAAAAAAUGUGGAGAUCCAGCUCUGUAAAAUAGCUGUGCACUCCUCAGAUUACUUUCCAGUCAGUGUCUCAGAUUUGAACUUUGGUCAGACUUUAUACUGGAGCAAACACACAUCCCAGAACCACAAGCUUUUAGCCCUUGACUUCAGUGGCACUGUUACAGCUGUAGGAAAGGAUGUUAGAAAACUGAAAUUGGGAGAUAAGAUUGUGUGUUGCUACCCUGUUACUGCUUCUAGCAAAGUUGUUAUUCCAGCAGCUGCUUGCUACAAAACAAAGAGGCUUCCAUUUUUGAAGGAAACGCCAUGUGUGUCCUACAUUAUAUUGGCUUGGGAAGUCCUGCACUGUGCAUUACCAAUGACUAAACAACGUAUGAAGUUAGGCAUUUUCUCCACUAUUCCAGACUCAGUUCUUGUGAAGGUCCUAACUUUAACAGCAAUCAAAUCAGGCUGGAGUGUCACCGUGGGCACAAAUGCUAAUCAGCUGACUUCGGAUUGCCAUGAGGUGGUGAGAAUUGUGCUCCUGCCUCCCUAUGAUGAAGGUGUUAUAGCACAAACAGCGAAUAUUAAUGGUGUUAGAGACAUUGUUCUUGUCUCUGACAACCAAACCUCUGUCAGUCAGCUUGACUUGAGAGGUUAUAAUGAUGAGGUUUUCAUGAAAGUCCUUUUCACAUCAAACAUAUUGCAGAAGCAAUCAAUUACAGCACACAAGUCAUGCAUUUCAAACUGGCUGAAACACAUGCAUUUGGACAAAAGGUCUGUGUUUUUUGAAAAGACCACUUUUCAAAAACUGGCAAAUGGAAACAUUGAUUGCUUCCCUUUAGAUGAAUCUAAAUCAUACUUUAGAUGUCAGACAAUGCCUGUGGUGGUCCUUGGUGAUGAUACCAAGGAUGAACUGUCUGACAUUCUGCUUAUGCAAAAGGUCCAAAAGUUGUUCCAGAAAAAUUCUGUCUACAUAGUGACAGGAGGUCUCUCAGGACUAGGCUUUGAGACAGUGAAGUUCAUUGCUCAGAGAGGGGGAGGGAACAUUGUUAUCCUCUCUAGGAAUAGCCCAAAUGAACUGAUGGAACUGGAAAUAAAAAAUGUUAAAAAUCAGUGUCAGUCCAUAAUCACAAGUCUGCAAUGUGAUGUCUCAGCACCAGAACAAGUUUACCACACAAUUGCUCAGAUCAAAAAACUGUUCUCAUCCAAUCCAAUUAAAGGAGUGUUCCACAGUGCAGUUGUUCUUCAUGAUGGGCUUAUUGAAAGCCUAAACAAAUCCCUCUAUGAGAAAGUCAUGAGGCCAAAGGUGAAUGGUGUGAUCAACCUUCACCAUGCCACUAAACACUGUGAUUUGGAUUAUUUUGUAUGCUACUCCUCCAUCUCAGCUUUCAUUGGCAAUGCUUCUCAGACAAAUUAUGCUGCUGCCAAUACAUUCCUGGACACAUUCUGUCAAUAUCGUAGGAACAUGGGGCUUCCUGGACAGUCGAUUAACUGGGGGGCUUUAAAUUUGGGUCUCCUGUUAAACAAAGAACAUUUCCAAAGAUUUCUGGAGGCAAAAGGAAUGAUGAUCCUGGAAGUUCCAGAAAUUCAUCAAAGUCUUGAACAAUGUCUUCUCAUGAACAAACCACAGCAGGUCGUAUGCAAAUUCAAUUUCAAAAACAUCAGAUAUAAUGUUCUGUCACAAAACAAAUCACUUACUUCUCGAUUAUCAGCAUUGGUAGAAGAGGGCCUCAGAAAGGCUACAACGCUCAACUCCAAUCUUGAGCAGUUUAACACAUUCUCUUCACCUAAUGAAUACAUUAAGUCUGUGAUCAGUAACACUACAGGUGUUGAACAGAAUGAGUUGUCUGAUGAUACACCUCUAUCAGUGCUGGGCAUUGAUUCCAUGUUAGCCAUGACUCUACAGAAUCUCAUCUUUCAGGAGAAAGGUGUGAAUGUGCCACUAGUGGCACUCCUUGAUCCAGACAGCACACUCUCACACUUAGUGAAAAUCUUGGGAGAGAAAAAAAAUGAAGGAAACUAUCAGCAUGAGAAUGACUUACUAUCUAUGCACACAGCGGAGACAACAAGGUUCUAGAUAUUCUGCUCAUUGUUA